AUGCCGCCUGCUACCGCGGGCUACGCGCCCGACCUAGAGAAGUACCUUAAAUCCUUGAAAGGGCAGCCAUUGGAGGCCGCAGUCGAGAACCUCAUUUCCCUGCUCAAGAGAAGACAGAUCCGUGGAUCUGAGCCCUGUGCCGUGGCUACUGCCCAUAUUUUUUUACAAGUCGUUGCUCGAUCCAGAUGGCAAGACGUCGACGGCCUCAUUGAUAAUGUCACGCGCAUUGGUCGACGCCUAGUCGAGGCACAACCCAAAGAGCUAGUCAUUGGCAAUAUUGUGCGACGGAUUCUCGCUCUCAUCCGUGACGAGGCUGCAGAAGAUCGGAAUGAACCCUCCAGCGAGACCCAGAGCGAGGCUCCCAUGACUCCCCAGGGCGAGCAUCCUACAGCCCCCCCCCUUGUCCAGUCUCCUCCGUCGACAUAUGCAAAACAGGACUCGGCUGGGGAGGUAGUCUCCAACACAGCCGUGGCCCCAACGAGACCCGGGCCGGUACCGUCAUAUAGCUCAGUCAAUGUCCCGAAAUCUCUCUUCCAUCUGCUUUCCGCUUCCCCCCCUUCCAAUAUCGAUGGCUUCAGUUCGCCGCACCGACAUUCUGGCACUUCGACGCCUACACGUGUUGCGCACCAGACCAGCAGCCAGGUCCAUGCCCUGCGUUCCGAAGUCAUUGACGGAAUCGAGGAGAUCAAGGACGAAAUUAGUCAGGUGGAUGACCAGAUCGCUGCCCUUGCCGAGGUUCAGAUUCGCCCAGGGGACCACAUCUUGGUUCACCAGCCUUCUCCCACAGUCGAGCGCUUCGUCCUUCGAGCAGCCGCGAAGAGAAAAUUUACAGUUCUGAUCGUGACGGAGCCUCUACGAAAGCAAACUGAGCAAGUACAACACGCUGCCUUCCGCAAGAAGCUGUCGACCGCCGGCAUCACCGUCAUCAACGUCAUGAACUCUGGUUUAAUGGCCUACAUGUCAAGAGUAAACAAAGUGGUUCUCGGCGCGAGGACCAUUGUCGCCAACGGAGGUGCAGUCACAGACGCCGGUGCUGCAGCCAUCGCCAGGGCCGCCCGCGAACAAGGCAAUGCCGUUGUCGUGUUGGCUGGUGUGUACAAGCUGAGCCCAGUGAAUCCAUUCGACGAAGACGCUCUUAUUGAGUGGGGAGACUCCUCGAGCUUUGUUAGUUUUGCCGACGGAAGCAUGGUCAACAAUGUGGCAAUCCGAAGCCCCGUAACUGAACUGGUACCGGCCGAGUUUAUAGACACAUAUAUUACCAACUUGUAA